GCUUUAUAAUUUAAUUCUUUCAGAGACCUUAAUGUUCCACCUGUGGUAAGGCCGAACCCAGACCCAUGGAAUUGGGGUUUGGAAGAAUCUGGGAUUUCAGCAACUUCUGAGCCAUAUAGCAACAACAUUAGUGUCAAUAACAAUGCCUGCCUUGAUCCUUCAUGGGGUUGGUCUAUAGAGAACACAGCAACUUACCAGGAACAUUCUGUUCCAAGUACUAAUACAAGUUAUAGUUCAGGGCAACAUGGGCAGAAUUAUGCCACUGUUCCUCUUCAUCCAACUUUAAACACUGUGCCAGAUGCUAAAAUAAUGACUCCCAGUACAGCAGACAUUAUAUCUGAGUCAUUCAGUCCAGUUUCUGCUGGCGAAACAGCGUUAUUCCACAGUAAUGCUUCACAACAUCUUCAAGGUUCCUUUACAAUGAACUAUGAAAAAAAUGAUUCCAAAAGUCAUCCAGCUGUUAACUCUGUAAGUCAGUAUCCUCCAGUAAGUACAACAUCUCAUUUCAAACAAGAUAAUUACAGUUAUGGAUCUCGUGGUGCUGAAAGUGAUUUUGGGCAGGGUUGUAUGAAUAAUUUUAACAUUUCUCAGCAACAGACUUAUGGGGUAGUUGCAAGUGGUGAAAGAAUAAUGGAUUCCCAUGUAGUGACAGAAGAGUUACAGAAUGUAGGAAAUGUUAAACGAGACAGUCCUCAGUCAUCUGUAGAUUACUUCAGAAGAGAUGAAGAAUUCACAAAUGUUUCUGUAAGUAGAAGUGAUGUAAAUGAUGGGAGAGAUGCUAAGGAAGAAUUAGAUUCAUCAGCAAAUGAUGUUCCUGAGUUAAGCAGAGAUAGCUCAAGUAGAGAACAAGAUACAAGUAAACAAAAUAGCAGUACGGGGAAUGAUGGCCUUUCUUCACAGUGGUCUGCUGAGAGUUUUCCAAGCUCUGAAGAGUUGUCUCACACUGUAGAAGGAAACGAAGUGGUUUCUUCUUACUUGGCUAAACCUGAGUCACCUUUAGCAACAGAUACACUUCAGGUUAAUCAGCAGAAUGAUCAAAAUCAUCAGAGUUAUGGACAUAGCAUGUAUGAAUUUGCUAACAGUAGACACACAGAAAGAGCUGAGCAAGUUCAGUGCUUGAAAGAUGUUUCAAAUAUCACUUCUGCUGAUGAAUCCAGAAAUGUAUGUAAUAAAGGGUAUCAAAGCUAUCGUACUGGUUUUGAUACUGUAAAUCAGGCCACACGUGAGGCAGCAACAUGGGAACAAGGUACAGGAAGUGGAGGGUGCAAUCCAGUUGAUACCAACUGUAAUACAAAAGACCAUGUGUCUGUUGGUGAUAAUGUUUCAGCAUUGUCCUCCAACCUGUAUGUGCAUAGUGACUUAUAUACAAAACAGCCAGGAUCUGUAGUGAAUGUUGCACACACAUCCACAGAAACCAAUAAGACAGCAUCGUCUGUAGAAAGUGUUGCCAGGGCUUUUGACAACUUAACUGUAUCCUCAACUGAAAAUUUGAGGUCCCUGGAAGUUGAAAAUAAAGACAUUGUCUGUCCUGAAACUGAAGAAAAUUCAAGAGCAACAUUAGCUCCUUCAGGACUUAGUAAUCCAUCUUAUGGAAGUAAUGUGAAUUUAACUCCUCUGCUGGCAUCAUCUGGACCUCCAAAGAGAAUUGGAAUUGCUCAAGGAAAGAACAGUAGUUCACAGUUGCUGAACCAGAAGUUUGCAGAUAAGUAUCGAGCUAGUCCACCCAGUGUAGAAGGAGUAGUUGGUGGAAUCGACAAGAGAAAUUACAGUCAUCCACGCAUUCCAUCAGUAGGGCCAACUGGACCAGCAAGACAGUUUGGAGUGUUACCAGACAUGUCUCAAACUGUAAACCUUAUGCAGGCAACAUACAGUCACAGGACUGUGGAAACUCCAGGAAACUUUGUUAUCAGAAAAAAGAACACCCCACCUCCUCUGAUGACAGAAGAUACAGUAAACUUGGAGACAGUACCAGAUAAUAAGGAGCGACCUGACUUCAUUGAUGUUCCUCAAGCAACACCUUCAACAAGAUUACAUGCAUCUCCUGUUGGUCAGGAUGCAGUAAGAGGAAUUGCAUCUCAAUGGACCCAGUCAUCAAGUUACAGUACAAGUCCUGCAAACCAAGAGGUGGCUCCCCGUUGUGGGCCAGACCGAAACCAGUACCUUGAGACUGGUCAACUCACUGGUGAUGAAAGAGAUAUUAGGUCAUCAAUGCCAGAUGCUGUUGAAACAUUGCAAUCUCGAGUGUCAAGAAAUGGUAACAGUAAUGUUCCUAUUGAAGGGAUUUUGCCUCUGCUUGAAUGUCAUCGUAUGGUUCCUGGUCAGAUCACUGAGCAGGAUGUUAGUACGAACGUGUAUGAACUAGAGAAUGUGGUUAACAUUAGUUCUGCUAAUAAUUUAAUUGAGGAUGUUUCUACACCACCACCAGGCUUACAUAGGAUGGUUCCUGGGCAGUUUACUGAAAACGAAAAUGCCAUGAUACAAAUUGCAGAUUCAAUUCAUAGUACUGAAAAUCCAUCAGAUAACUUGUUGCUCCAUAGAAUGGUCCCUGGACAGUUGACUGAGGAAAGUGGUGGUGGAAGUUUUGUGUCCGAGGCGGAAAGUGUUGGGACAGUACCACCACACAGUUCUGUGGAUGAUAUUCCACCACCUGGUUUGAGGAGAAUGGUUCCUGGAGAAUCCAGUAGCCCAGAAAGUCAGGGAAAUGUUGGACAGACGAACAUGCCGACAGGUACUUUCGAACCGAUUGAUGCACUUCCUUUGGAGCCAAGAGUUGUCACUGGAGUGGCACAAGAUGAAAUGGAUGAUGUGGGGUCUGCUGGAACGUUGCCAUUGCCGGCGUCACCAUUGUCAGCAGGUAGCCGUUUGAAGAGUGAACCAGUUAGUCCAACACCAGAACAGACUGUGAAUGGCAGCAACAUACCACAGCCUCCGUCUGAGCGAAGUGAAACUAUUGGUUCUGACAGUGUCGAAGCAUACCCACCACCCCCACCACCUGAAAACACGGUUCGAGAUACAAGUGGUUGUCGACGGGACAAUGUGACCAAGGAUCGAGAACGUCGGCAUCGGGAUGAUGAGGGGAAUGAUCAUAGUUCUCAGCAUCAAAGGAGGCAUACAGAUGGCCGAGACUACUUCAGUUCUCGUGAUAAAGACCAGGCUGAGUCCCCUGGUACCAGUAGGUACAGGGAUCAAGAGGAGUGGGAUUGGAAGUAUGAUGCCAGACAUGAACGAGACAGGGAUCGAGCAAGAGACAGAGAUGAUUCUUCAAAUAGCGGUCGUUACAGGGAUGACAGACGUUAUGAUUCUUGGAAAGAAUACAGGAGCCAUGAUGGUAAUCAAAGACCUCGGCAAAACACAAGUUAUGAUAGGCACGAAAAUGAUGCAGAUACGGAGGAUUAUUUUAGUGAUUGUGAUCGUGAGAAUACCAGAUAUCGUGAUAAUUAUGACAGCCGAUACAGAGAUCGACCUGACAGAGAAAGAGAGCAACGUGAGAACAUGGAAAAAAGCUCUAGACAAAGGCAUGAUCAUAGGACUGCUGGGAGGGAUCGUAAUCGAGACCGUGACGAAGAUCAUGAUAGAGGACAGAAUCGGGAUAGAGAAAGACGAAGGCAAGACUAUUCUGACAGACGUGAUUAUAGGGGAUCAGAUGAAUACUACAGUAGGGGUUAUGAGGUUAACCCUUACUAUCGAGAUAAUCAGAGGUCCCGUCCCUCAAGUCGAACAGAAUAUGAUGAAUAUCGUCAAAGAGAUUACCAUGGAUAUGGAGCCUACAAUUAUUUUGGGAGGCAGAUGGAUUCUUACCACUAUGAUCCUUACUAUACUUACAAGUAUUAUGAAAAUUUGCGUCGAACUAAUCCCGCGGCAUAUGCAGAGUGGUAUGCUAAAUACUAUUCAUCACACUCAAAUUACAAUCAAGGAUCCUUCUCAGAAGACCGUGGUAGUGUCCAUUCUGGCAGGAGUUCUGCAAAUGAAGAGUUACGUAAGGAACAAUAUGAAAUAACAAGACGUUGUCACUCUCAUGAUCAUUACCACUCUUCGUCUUUUACUGGCGAUUAUGACAGUGGGAGAGGUCUAGAACAAACAGAUUCAUCUAUCAUAGAAGAUCCCACUGCUACAACUCCACAGAGACUUACACCAGCCAAAUUUUCUACAGCACAUGUUAAAGGUAUCCUCACAGCAAGAGGACAGGUUGUGAAAAUAUUGCCACAUUAUCCAUUAGAUGGUCAGCCAGCUACUGUGGAAAUCCAUGAUAUACGGAAUUUGGUUGGUUCAGACGAAACUCUAAAGGAGCUGCAAAGUUUUCCAGGGCCACUUGUCAGGGGAGUUACACACAAGAACUCUGUAAUAGCAUUCUGCAUUAGAAAAUUGAAGAAAGCAGAGAGAGAUCCUGAGGUGUUUGAUCGUGAAUCAGUUAUGCUUUUGUGGAAAUUGCUUAUACUUCUUCUAAGACAGAAUGGGACAGUUGUAGGAGCAGAUAUUGCUGAACUCCUGUUGUCAAACUCGAGUAGUCAGGAAACUCUUAACUUCAAUGCUGCAACAUCUCAUGUACGUCAGGCGUCACCUGCUACAUCACAGCAUAGCAGUAUCCAUGAUAUGCAGGCAGAGGAACCAAAUACAUAUCCAGCUUCUUAUAAGUCAGAAGAAGAACUGACAGUAGAAUUCAGAGAAUAUUUACUGUAUGGUAACAAGAAGGAGGCUUUAGAAUGGGCCAUGAAGCGUGGAUUGUGGGGCCAUGCUUUAUUUCUAGCUUCAAAGAUGGAUCAGAGAACUUACGCCAGUGUAAUGAUGCGUUUUGCUAAUGGACUUGCAAUGAAUGACCCAUUGCAAACUUUAUAUCAGUUGAUGUCAGGACGCCAACCUGCAGCAGUUACAUGCUGUGCUGAUGAUAAAUGGGGAGACUGGAAGCCACAUCUUGCCAUGAUCCUCUCAAACCCAUCUCAAAGGCCAGAACUAGACCAUAAAGCAGUUAUUACUCUUGGAGAUACUCUGGGUGCUCGAGGAUAUCUGCAUGCAUCUCAUUUUUGCUACUUGAUGGCUCAGCUGGAGUUUGGCGUAUUUAGCCAUAAAUCAUCAAAAAUAGUGUUGCUUGGAUCGUCACACUUGAAGCCUUUCUUAGAGUUUGCUUCAAAUGAAGCCAUCCAAAUGACUGAGGUUUACAUAUAUGCAUGCCAGUUGGCAGAAUAUGAAUUUAAUGUUCCACAGUUCCAGGCCUUCAAGUACUUGUAUGCAAAGCGACUUGCAGAAUUUGGAAUGCCGGCUGAGGCAAUCCAUUAUGUGGAAGUGAUAGCUGGAUCAAUCUUACAGCAACCUACACGUUACAGUGCAAGUUUCAUAAAGGAGGUUUAUGAGCUAGGAAAUCAACUCAAAUACCAUGAUCCAUUGUACAGUAAUGGUGAAGGAGAAGUGGGAGAGUUGGAAGAUCCAUCAUGGUUACAUGGUUUGCACAAUGUUAUUCACAAUUAUAAUGAAUUUUAG